GAGUACUGCCCGGCGUCAUCAGUCAGGCUAUUGAAGUCUAUGAUACUGUCAUGCAAGGCUCGGUAGUACUAUAAGGACCCGUGGAAGCAGCGUACCCGCACUUGCAAGCCUCUCGACACCACCACCAUGAUCACCGAACGCACGAUAACCACCCAGUGUGGCACGAAAUUCAGAGCAAUUGACAAUGGCGCGCCUGCGAAGUCGGACUACCUGACGCUGGUCUUCUUGCAUGGAUGGGGGAUGCCUUCGGCGGCAGGCAUCGCACAUCGCAUCGCUGAAGCUGCCCACGAGAAAGGCGUUCGCUUCGUCGGUAUAAACCGUAGGGGAUACGCCGGCUCGACACCCUAUUCCCAAGAGGAGGAGCGCGUCUUCGCCGAGGGCUCAGCAGACGAGAGAAACAUCCUAUAUCGUCAUGAAGGCCGCCACUACGCUUAUCUACUUGAUGCUCUCAUCAAGGAUCAUACGAUCGGCAAAGGGGGCGCUGCCCUCAUAGCGUGGUCCGCUGGAAAUGCGUAUCUGAGCACGACGAUCGACGCGAUCAACGAUGUUCCAGGGGAAGUGAGGGAGCGUCUUAGCUCGGCGGUGAAUGCGUUCAUCUACUAUGACCCCCCUCCCGAAGCCCUGGCGAUACCUCGCCCACAACUGUACUCCCCCGCCACCGACGAGUCGAUCCCACCCGCCGAUCGUUGGCCAACCCAUCUCGCCUGGUUCGCAUCUUACUUCAAUCACGAUCUCGCAUCCCGGGACGAGAAGGGGCUCGGGACCCGCCCCGAUCCUUCACGAACGCCAACGGACAAGGUGGAGAGGUUCUACGAGGACCUGUGCGAGAUGAGCGGGGCUAUACCUGGCGACGCCAACAUUAUCGGGCCGGACUUCGCCCCCUUCGUUCGUGCGGCCCGCGACUCUGCGUUCUUUAGCGAGAAGACGUGGAAGGCUUGGGGCGAGCCUAAAAUCAGCUACGUAUGGGCGGGAGCGACUGUCUGGAUGAUGGUCUACGGCGCGUGGGCGAUGGAGGACCUGGUGAAGAAGAACAAGCCGCCCACCGAGAUACCCUUCAAGGUCAUCGAGCAGGGCAACCAUUAUUCGCUCUUCGACCAUCCACGAGAAACCCUCGAAUGCUUCCUGAGUUGCGCGGAGUGAAGAAUCAGAUACCAUGCCAUGCCCUUGACGUGCGAAAAUCGCUUGUCCUCUUUCAGUAGUAGUAAUGUAAUAAUGGAAUGUGUAUAUGGAUACCUCUUACGCUGGCCCCCGGAUUUGC